AUGCCUCCAGUCACUUCUUCAGAGAGCCAGGACCACCAGCAAGCUCAGGCCUCUAUUCUCAAGGAAAGGCGCUUCAAGCUAAGCAGGGCGUGUGACCGAUGUCGGCGGCGAAGGAUCAAGUGUGAUGAAGGUCAUCCUUGCCAGGCAUGUCUGUCGGCGAAUUCAGCUUGUACGUUCGAGGAGCCGGGGAAGAGGACACACCCACACAAAUCAAAACGAACAGCGACCCUGGAAGACAGAAUGCAUCAUUUGGAGACGCUGAUUCAAGCUAUACCCCCAGCAGUCUUUGCAGCAGGCGGCAUUGUGCCGCCUGUGAAUACCAGUACGAAGGCCUCUACGGAUCCGAGUACAACAAGUCCGAUCACUCCGUUCAUGUACCCAUCGCAAGCAUUUCCUCUGGGCGUGCCACCACCAUCUUUGCAUGUAUUCCCCCUAAUCAACCCCUCCACCCACUUCAGCCCUGAUCCCAAGGCCAAUAACGAACGACAGCAAAGCCCUAUCGCCGCGUUCAAUUCACUCUUCCCCAAUGCUUUCCCAUCGUCAACCGUCGCCCAUGUCACAACCCCAGACCAACUUGCUGACGAGACAUCACGAAUGUCCUUGGCUGCAUCUUAUUUGUACUUCGAUGAUGAGGGCUAUACACGGUGGCAAGGCGAAACCUCUGGGCUCCCUCUUUUGGACCUCCUCGUCGAAAGGCAUACCCCGGCUAAUAACCGCGAAAAAGUAGAAUCACCGGCUAACAUAGAUACUUCCUCGCCAGGCCAGAAUGGCGCUUCCAAUUCUACCAAUACUGAUUGGUUCCCUAAUCGCACCCUCCGACGCACUGAUAUUAAUCCUCAAAUAUUGUGGCGACUUAUCACGUCUUAUAUUGUUCCGGAAUUAAUGGACAGUCUUGUACAGUGUUACUUAUCUACGUCAUAUUACAUUCUCCCAUUCCUUCACGUUCCCACCUUCCUUGCUGAUUAUGGAAACCCGCAAAAAUGGGGAGAACCGGGAUUCGCAGCGUUCAUCGUUUCUAUCUGCUGCCUUGCCUCGCGUCACAUGGAUGAUCCUCGCGUUCGCCCCAACGCCAAUGAUAGCAUUUCUGCUGGAACGCACUGGUUUGAGCUUCUUGGGCGAUUACGCACCUUGCCGAUUGCCGACAGACCAACACUCUAUACCAUUCAGGCAAAUCUAAUCGCAGCUGUCUACGCGGUUGGACUAGGCAGACUCUCCAAAGCUGCAUCCCUCUUGUCGGAAGCAAUUACCAUGUGCAUCGAUUCCGGCAUGCAUCGCUCAGCCGAUACGUAUGAUGUAUUCGAUCCGAUCGAGGACGAAGUGCGAAAGCGGACCUUUUGGUGCGUCUACAUUUGGGACAAGCAGCUUGCGGCGCACUUUGGGCGUCCCCCAAUGAUCAGGCUGAGAGAUUGUGACGUUGGAGAGCCGUCUCCGGUGGAUGAUGAAUAUAUCUCGCACGACGGCAUUGGCACACCACCCACGGGUACCGAAUCCCGGAUGACCGCGUUCAUAUGUUCGUUGCGAAUUCUGGUUAUUUUGGAAUCUGUUGUGGACGUUCCUCCGGCCCGCACUUGGGGAGAUUCGUCGCCUUUCUUGAUGCGAGCUGCCUCUGUUCUGUCAGGCACUCGCCGGUACAAGGAAUUGCGAGAGGAGGAGGCGUUGCUGGAUGAGGUUCACCAUAGUAUACCACCGUUUUGGUCCCACACACCCGAUACAUUAGCAAGCGAAGAUACUAUCCGAGUAACACAGGCGGAACGUCUGCACGCUGCGGAGCACUUUGUCCGACUACUGAUCUACCGUCAUCGUUUUUCGGAACUCGUGGCAGAACGGAUGGACAAUGGCGAAGAGGAACAAUCGGACGCUGAGAAGGAAGCCACAAUAGCAGCCCAUAAUUCGGCAUUGCAGAUCAUAACGACUCACCUACAGAUUGCGAAGAAGGGCUUGAUGACCUAUUAUGGAGUGCACGUAAUUCAUCAACUCACUCAAGCCGGAAGAACCCUGGUCGCUAUCUUGCUAAACUGCAAGUCGGAAGCUUUGCAGCAUCUUAUUUCACCGGCUUUGGACGCAUUACGCUCCUGCGUUGGUCUCCUACGUCGGUUCAGCGGGAGAUAUGUUUGCGGUUUGCGUUCGGGUGAUCUUAUGGAAGAAUUUUGCCGACUUACGCAGAUACCGUUGGAGACCUCACGCUCAGACGGGACACCAAGCAGCAGUACACGACCUGCAUGGAUUCGUCCUAUCCGCAAGAAAGCUCAUUCAGUUGCUCGCUCCUCCCACAGCGACGUGUCACAGCAUAGUAGUCCUGAGGCAUUUUCGCCAGCAGACUUCCUCGCUGACCCGCCAAAAUCUGCGUUUCAAAAUGGAACUACGAUGAUGUCGCCGAAGAUGGCUGGACCGUCAUCGCCAGCGUUUAGUGGCGCCAAUGGAGUGACCUCGAGCGGUGUCACGAAUGGCAACGGACAGGCGCCUUCACCGUUCGCUGAUACAUCGUCUGGCAUGAAUUUGGAUCCCCAAAUGUUCAUGAACCCCUCAGACGUGAUGGCCCUUUUCAACGACGGUUCAGUAGACGUAAACUCGAUGUUUGGUUCCGAUUUUAUUCAGUCGCAGCCCUCACCACCAUCAGCAUCGCCCAACGACCAAAGUACCAACGGCUUCGGGACGCCUGGUAUGUUCAAGAUGAAUGGAAUUGUAUCUUCUCCUUGA